GCAAAGCGCAAGAGCACACAUGCUUUUGGGACGAGCGAACAUCACAGAGCACGAAGUUGGACCAAACCGGACUCUUGUAAAGGAUAAAGACUUGUCACCUCUCAAGAACUCAGGUUGUGUGAGGGGAGGAAGUUGUGAAGUCACGCGGAGGAGAAGCAGUUACUGUUGGGUUUACAGACCCGGAGUAAGGCUUGGCUCGGUACACCAGAAGGAACCAAGCCUUCUUUCAGAGGUCCUCUUCUUCCACACAGUCAUACCCUACCAGUGACUGUGCAAAUCCAUUCACAGACGGACACAGAACUUAACAAAAUCUCUUGUACCCUAUAUUUGAAAGGCGUUUUCAAUCCUAAAAGUACACUAUCGGAAGACUGCAUGGUGAAAGUGUUACCUUGUUAGACACCCACAGGGCUAUAGACAGAGGCUCUACUUAUCAAACCCACUCACUGUCCCUACCCUGGAGAAAAAGGCUUAUUUCGCAUCUAACGCUAGCAUCUAACGCUAGCCCGAAGUGCUGCGUGUUGCUUUCACAUUCAGCGCCAUUGAUCCACUGACCGCCCUGUAAUUUGAUUAGCAUUCUAGCCUCUCUUGUUUAAAAAAAAAACACACACAGGCAACCCUCCAAAUGACACACUGUUUUCACAAAUAUUAUUGGCCCUGUUGAUCAUGAGGCACAUGCUGCUGUCAGCUCAUGCAAUCACCAUCCACUACAAACAACACCUGGGUACGAGGGUCCCAUCUGCACACUAUUAGCCCCCAUUGAGAGAACUGGAGAGUACUACUACACUUCCCUGUGUUGUACUGCUAUGUUUAUUCACUCUGGCAGGUGCUAGUGUCAUGUCCUAUUUGUCCGGGCGGCUGUCUGUGUGAAUGGAUACGACAGGGUUAUGAUGAACACGUGCUGUUGUCGUCUUCUACUGCCUACGGUUGGGUCACUGUGAGGGGAAGAGAUCCUAGGUCUGAUCAUACUGUUUGUCUAUCACCCUGUCAGAAGGGAUCAAGACCAAAUCUCUCUUGAAGUAGACACUUCAUCUCAAAGAGACUAACAUCUCAAAGGAUAAACAAAGGCUGACUAGAACACAUCAGUCUGUCCAACAGUCUGUCUGGUUGUACCCCCAACUGUGGCCCACCUCUUGCCCGCUCCCCCCACCAUCCAGUCUGUGUGUAAGUUCUGCCGACGGACUGCUUGGAGGAUGAGCGAUGUCCCCACCCUGGACUAUGAGCUGCUGCUGUCCCCUGGGCCCUCCCUCCCUGGGCCCCCCAGCAGCCGCUCUGGUGGGGGGCGACGCGGAGCAGAGGACGGCCUUUGCCUUCGUGGGGCUCCUCAUGCUCUUCCUUGUCUUCCUGCUGGUGCGCUGCUUCCGCAUCCUGCUGGACCCCUACAGCCGCAUGCCAUCCUCCUCCUGGACCGAACACAAGGAGGGCGUAGAGAGGGGGCAGUUUGACUACGCCCUGGUCUAGACCUGGGUCGUGUUCAUUAGGCACCAAACGGAAGAAAGGGGACUGAAACAGGGAGGGACUACCCGAACUUGUCCAAAAAGAAAAUGUUGUUUUCAUUUUCCGUUGCACAACGUUUCGCUACGGUGUGCCCUAAUGAAAACGACCCCGGUAGUGUCUAAAGGGGGCAGUUUGACUGGCCCUCUGGUAGAAACAGAGACCACAGUUGUCAAGACCGGAUCCCUCAACACCCAGACCAAGACCUUUGACUACAUGCUGCUGCAGAGACCGAGGAAAGAUGAGCCGUUUUGACUAUAUGCUGCCAUCAAGGCCCACACCAAAACCAGACCACACGGAUUGCUUGAGACCCAGACUAUUACCAAGACUAGACCAUUUGAGACCUAGACUUGCAACUCAGAGCCAGAGGUAGAAAGGGGUUGUAUGUACUGCACUGCUGCCUUAAUUUGCUGCAUUCCCCUCACAACACUUCCUCCUCAUCUUUUAGUCCCUGUAGAUUGGCUAAUAUGCAGGGGAGUGCUGUCAAAGCCAUUACAAACACAAUGGGAUUUCAAACAAGAUCCUUCCAUAUGAAACGUAUAGGCUAUAUCAGAGGAGCUUUCAAUAUUUACAUCACACCUGUUUCUGUACUUCCCAGUUUAUGAUUUGUUACAGUAUAUUUGACAGUCGUGACCUUUUUUAAAUAUUGAUUGUCCUCUGACAAAUGAUCAAUUGUAUUUUUCCCUCAUAGAUUUCCGACUGGGUUGAGAUAUUACAACUGUGUUGAGAUGCAUCCGCUCUUUUAAGAAUCCAGACUGGUGAUUUGUCUUCAAAGGAACAUUAGUAGUGUGUUUUGUGUUGGUAUAACUGAAACAAAGCCAUAUCUAUAAUAUAUAUGUACACAUACAUACAUGUUGUUUGGUUGCCCUGUUAGCUUUAACCACCUUGCCAAGCUUAGUGAAAACAUGCACUCUACAACUGCGACUUUUAGACCAGAAAUGCUUUAUUUUUGUAUUCCAACUAAAGUUUGGACGGAGUCUCCUUUUGCUAAUAUUUCCUGUGUUUUCUCUGAUUUGUAGCACUCUCAAUUUUGUCUUUGGUCUGUGAUUCUUGAGCUAGCCUAGCUACACAACGAAACAUGAUAUUCUUCCAUAUAUGAAGCACGGCAGCAAUUUUUCAACUCGCCUCUACUUGGCGAUAUUUUCUUUGGUCUCGAUUUGGAAGAAACUCUUAUAAAUGUCUGUGUUCAGUUGCAGGUGGUACUCCGAAAAACAGAAAAUUCAGAAAAAUAUUACAUCCACUUUUUCCACCGCAUGAGGUUUCUCGCCAUGUUAGCUGCCGCACAUCUCGCAUUUCCCAACAUCUUUGCUGGAACUAGUCAAUGCGCUUCACACAGUACGACCAAAACAAAGAUCUACACACAUGCAAGAGGCAUUUCUCACUCAGAGCCAUAGCUACAAUAUUUUUGAAUUUGAAUUUAAUUUAUUUUUAACUCAUUCGGGGUCUCAACUUACUGUUGAGUUAGAAUAGUAGAAUACACAAGGCAAUUUCUAAACUUGGUUGUGCUUCAGAAGUUUUACUUAUCUGUCCCUCAAUUAGCCCAUGUCAGUUAACAUGGUUUAAAUUUCUAAAUUAGUCUUGCUAGUUAUCUUAUCAUGGCCGAAUUACCAUGCCUUGGGACCCUGACCUCCAGGGGGAGCCAUUAGAUUUUGUUAGUCACUCUCACCCAGAUAUCAUGUUAACAUGGCGAAAUGUGUAGAAUUGCAGGGAAUUAGAUGUAAAACUGUAAGAACAACAAUCUUAUUUGUUUACCUUUUUUUUUUUUAUAAAAUAUUUGUUCUGCUAACAGAUCCCUCUACAUAAUAAAUUAUAGUUUUUAAACCCAGCGCUGAGUUAAUGUGUAGCGGCUAAUUGUAUACUGUAUGUGAAUGAAGCUACAGCAACCAAUGUGAUGUCUGGGGUCAUUUUUACUUGUUUUUGCUGUUCUCGAAAUAGCAUUUUAGUUUAAAAAUGCAGUAAAUGAGCUUCAACGUUGUUAAACCCAGAGCAGACAGCUUUGCUUGCGUUUUAAGAUUUAUAAGUAGAUAUUUUUCACAACUGCUUUGUUUUUGCAACGCAGGGUUUAAUUUUGUGAAAUAAACAUGUUUUUUUCUUCAAUUUGUGUUUCCAGUGUGGGAGUGUAUUCCUCUUCCGUAAAAUCAAUAAAGCAUU